ACGCUAUCCUCAUCCAUUACCACAUUUAUUUCCUUUCCUCAACAAAACAUUGCCAUUUGCCAAUGCCACUCUCUCUCUCUCUCUCUAAUCCCAUUUCUUUUUUUGACUGAGGUUUCUCCUUCACAGUUACCAGGUUCCUUCUCUCAUCUUCACUUGCCUUCCCUUUAAAGCUUUCGGGAAUUUGGGUAAAUUUUACAGGGUAAAUAAUGACAAGCUUUAUAUCGACUAACUGUUAUAAUUGGUCGGUUGGAGUGUUGGAACACGUUUGCAGCAGCAGGGGAAGAUUUCAUAAGCCUCCAAGACUCAGAUGUUGUGGUCCAUAUUUUCAUCUCGGUGGGUUUAGUUUUUCCCAGGGUCAGGGUCAAUACUUUGCUGCUACUUCCUCUCAAAGUCGUGGGAGAUGUGGUCCGAUCUUUUCCAGCGCCGUCGAUGAUGGUGGCGCUGACUCGGGUGAUGCUGAGGAUGGGAAUGGCCAGAAAGAAUCUUCACAAAGCGAAAACCAAGGAACAAACAGCGAUAUACUUCGGGAAAACCUUGAACGAAUAGUUGGCACAGAUGAUUCCACCUUUAGUGGCUUAGACCUUGCAACUCUUAUUAGGAACAAAUAUGGCAGGUCUUAUGAUGUUCAACUGAUAAAGAAGGAGUUCAUGGGAAGAAAUCUCCUUGCACUGAAUGUUAUGUGGAAGUAUAUGGAGCAGAGAUCAUUUCCCCUGACUGAAGAAGAAUAUCUCCUAAGGCUUGAUGAUGUGGCCAACACAUUGAAAUGUUGGGGAGCAGUCUCCCACAUUCGAAACAGCUUGGCCAAGCUGAAAGAGCGGCCUCGAAUAGGGAAGGCAGUGAGCAUAUUUAUAGACAUGGACGAGACUGGAGGUCGUGCAAAUGAAUGGAUUUACAAGUAGGCAAGAUUGUUCUGCCGCCAUUACAAUACAACAGCAUCAUUAUCAUCAUCAACUGAUAUGGAUGGAGGAUAAUAACAUCUAUUUGCCGCACUCAGUCUCAACCCAUACACGCAUUAUCCCAUACUUUUUCUUUAUUUACUUCUCAUCUACAAGGAUCAUCAAUGGAAUCCAAUCCCUUGCAACUCAUGUUAUAUAUAAACAGGUAGUGUACUUAAAAUAUUACUCAAAACCCUAAAUUUUGAUAUAGCUUAAAGCAUCCAAGACAUUUGGGAAUA